AUGAAACGGACAUACCUGUUGCUCUGCCUGAGCCUGCUGACCUGCAAUGUGGCCAACUCGGCCUUCCUGCGCCCCAUCGAUCUGAGCCAGCUGGCCAAAUCCUCCGGCCUCCAACAGCAGCAGCAGCAACAACUGCGUGGGGAUCUGAACCGAGACGAUGGCAGCGAUGAUGACGACGACGCCACCACUCUGGCACCCAACUCCAGCGAGGACUACGACAGUCGCCCCCAGUACAGUUUCGCCUACGAUGUGAGGGACUCGCUGACCGGCGACGACAAGAGGCAGGAGGAGAAGCGGGAUGGCGACCUGGUCAAGGGUCAGUACUCCCUGAUCGAGCCCGAUGGCACGCGUCGCAUCGUGGAGUACACCGCCGACGAUGUGAGUGGCUUCAAUGCCAUUGUGUCCAAGCAGCGUCUGGACGAGCAGCAGCAAAGGAUCUCCGCCUCGACCUCCUCGCGUUUCAACAGCCUCGAGGAGUUGCAGACCCGCCUCACGGCCCAGGCCAUCGCGGAGGCCCAAUCCUUGGCCGAGGCCCAGCAGGCCAGUCAACUGCAGCUGGAGGCCCAGAGUCGUCGCGAGUCGGAGAACCAAGCCCGCAACCAGGCCCAGCAACUGAUGGAGCAGUUCCAGCAGCAGGUGCAACAGCAGGAGCAACAGCGACUGCAGCAGGAACAGCAACUCCGGGAUCUCCAGCGCCUCCAGGAGCAGCGUGAUCGCGAAGAGCGGGAUCGGGAGCAGCGGGAUCGGGAGCAGCGUGAUCGCGAGCAGCGGGAUCGGGAGCAGCGGGAUCGCGAGCAGCGGGAUCGGGAGCAGCGGGAUCGGGAGCAGCGGGAACGCGAGCAGCGAGAGCGAGAGCAGCGGGAUAGGGAACUCCGGGAUCGGGAACUCCGGGAGCGAGAUCGCGAGGAGCGCCGCCAGCAAGCGGAGCGUCGUCAGAGCCAGAACCAGCGACUGAUCGACCAGCAGACCCUCCUCCUGGCCCAGGGCCUGCCCAGCAUCCAGGCCACCGUCGUCUCCCACCCGCCCACUCUGCUGGCCUCCCGCCUGCCCGCCACCACCAGCUCCUCGAGAACCACCACUCUGCUGACCAGGGAACGCGAUCUGGAGGCCUGGCGCCAGUUGCCCAACGCACGGAUCACCAUCGACCGCAGUGACCGACCGCUGAUCCUCAGCCAGCCCUCGAGUGCCACCGUUCAGGCCCAGCUGAUCAGUUCGCCGCUGCUGCUGGAGUCCGGAAACCUCAAUGGAUUGAUAACCACCCGGCUGAACGGCAAUGCCGCCCGAGCUGGAGCUGCCUUGAGCUGGUCCAACGGACGUCGCCUGCUGAACAACGAUCUCUGGCAGCUGGACAGGCUGGAUGAUCGCGAGGAUAACCGGCGAGAGGGCGAGGAACUGCGUUCCAAUAGCGGCGAAAGGCGCUCGAAGAACUGGUAG